AUGACGAAAAAAAAAAAACCCAAGAUAGAAUCGAGUGAUUCGAUCGAAACGGUUACUAAACCGGACAGUGAAUCUGUACAGUGUCCAGCCUUCGUCAAUACCGAAAAGUGUAGUAGGAAGCAAUAUGGAUACGGGCAGGGUGCAUUGGCACCUGGGCAGGAAAUACGAAUCGUCAGUGCCUCGGUGGUGGCACAUUUGCAAGCCCAAGGAUUACAGGGCAAUGAACUUAAUGCGGCAAUUAUGGCUGCGUCGCAGCCACAAAGCGCUGCACAGCAUCAAGUUCAACAACAGUUGCAAGCGCAACAACAGCAACAUCAGCAACAACAACAACAACAACAACAGCAGCAACAACAUCAUCAUCAACAGCAACACAGCAGCAGCAACAACACACAGCAGCAACAGCAACAGCAACAGCAACAGCAGCAGCAGCAGCAGCAACAGCAGCAGCAGCAGCAGCAUCAGCAGCAGCAACAACUGCAACAGCAGCAGCAACAACAAGCACAACAGCAAGCACAACAGCAAGCUCAACAGCAGGCUGCCGCUGUUGCACAGCAACAGCAAGCGCAUGCUGCCGCACAGCUUCAGGCGCAAAUACAACAGGUUUCGGCGCAAGCACAACCUCAGGUUAUCACCUUACAACAGCUUCAAAACUUUCUCCCACAACAUCAGCUAAACGCUCUCACUACAGCCGAUGGUACCGCUGUGCAGAUGGCUGCAUCGGCCGCUCCUGGUACAGCCGGAGCGACACCAGUCGGUACACCGAUGAAAACGUUCGUCACUUCCGCGCCCCAGAUGCAAGGGCACUCGCAAAUUGUUAGCCUGCAAAGCUUACCGCAACAGUUUUUGCAAGGCGGCGGACAACUGGUACAAAACCAGAAUGGACUCUUUCAGAUGAUUCAACCAGUGCAAACGAUUAGCCUCGAUGGCCAGGAAGCACUGUAUGUACCGGCAGGUUUCCAUGCUCAACAGCAGCAACAGCAGCAGCAACAACAACAACAACAGCAGCAACACCAGCAACACCAGCAGCAGCAACAGCAACAGCAGCAACAACAAAUGCUGGCCGGUGCGCAGGCAGUGCAAAUUAAUGGUCAGCCGGCGUAUAUUACACCGUCUGGACAGAUUAUCCGUGCGCCAAAUGGGGUUUUACCAGCAAAUUUUCUCCAAAACAUGCCGCAGUCAGUUCAACUACCUACUGGACAAAACGUGCAAGUACGUCCAGCAGGCACCGCACUUCCGCAAGUGGUUCAAUUUCCGAUGCAGCAAACUAUCCCAGUACAAAUGCCGAUAUCAACAGCAAACGGGCAGACUGUGUAUCAAACUGUUCACGUCCCAGUGCAAACGUUUGGCUCAUUGGUACAGCCCCAGAUGCAGGUUAUACCGCAGAUACCACAGAUGGCUAACAUCAUCACCCCCAGCGGCCAAAUUCAGCAGAUACAGUUGACGUCUCUAAAUCCGUUGGCUGGGUUACAAGCAGCAUCAAUGCAUCCUAACAUCAUCCUUCAGCAGCCACAAGCUACCGCUCAACAAAUUCAGAAUGGCCCAAACGGACCAAUGGUCGUGAGCACAGCUCAGCCACAGGCUGCCGGGCAGAUCCAAUCUGCUAACCAUCAGCAGCAGCAACAGCAGCAACAAGUUCAGCAACAAGUUCAACAGCAAGUUCAGCAACAACAGCAAGUUGCGGCAGCGGCUGCGCAACAAAUGGUGGCUGCAGCGGCAGCUGCAGCAUCAGGUAGCACAGGAGGGCAACAACCGCAACAGCAAAUGAUCAGCGGCUUAUCACAACCAAUAACGAUCACUGCUGCGCCCGGCGGUCCUCAGAUUGGUCAGCCAAUAACGCUGCAGCAAUUGCGUCAGCAUAUGCCAGGGCUUGCAGGGUUGCAGGCGAUUCCUGUGCAAAAUAUUCGUAUUGGAAACGUUCAAGUUAUACCGACAAAUUUCAUGCAACCGGUUCAACCGCAAACAGCAGCGUCGCAGCCUCAGUUGAACCCGGUCACUCAAGCAGGGCAGCAUCAACAGCUACAGCAGCAGCAGCAAGGUAUGCAACAACAGCAUCAGCAGCAGCACACGCGCUAUAGUCGCAGCCCUUCAGCAGGCAACGGCGCAACAACAAUUAUCAAAAAAGCGACGGCGGCACACGAUACCGAAGGUAGUCUCGGCAACGCACACGAUGAAUGGGACCCACGGCAGCGGGUGCGACGUGUUGCGUGUACGUGCCCAAACUGUGAGGUCAAGUCGAGUGGGCCGCCGGAUCGGAAAAGACAGCACAUAUGCCACGUAAGCGGCUGCAAUAAGGUGUACGGAAAGACGUCUCAUUUGAGAGCUCACCUGCGUUGGCAUACAGGAGAAAGACCCUUCAUAUGCAACUGGGGUACGUGCGGGAAACGAUUCACGCGAUCUGACGAACUGCAGCGACACCGGCGGACACACACGGGUGAGAAGCGGUUCGAAUGCGUCGAGUGCAACAAAAAGUUUAUGCGCAGCGAUCACCUGUCCAAGCAUAUACGGACCCACGGAAAGUUCAAGCGGGAUCAUGACUCUGACGGUUACUAUAAGUCUGGCGAUGAGCUCACUUACGAGGAGGAAGAAAUCCAUGAAAUUGACGACACUGACUACAAAAUGGAUGACGAAGACGAUGCGGACCUGGAAAGACAAUCUCACCACUCCUCAACUGCUGGUGCAUAUGACGCUGAUAAAAAGGAUGACAUCGGAUCUCCUCACACUGGAUCGUCCGACAGUAACGAUAGCUCGGAUCACAAAAUGAUGAUCACGAUCGGUGGAGACGAAGCGGACCAUGAAGUGUACGAUUCCAAUUAGUGCUGCCGUACUCGACACCCCUGGAACGAACUCUAUUCCCCUUGCAGGAAAGCCAUGAGUAUUGUAUCAGUUUGUUCAUAUUAGUAAUACUUACCCAACUCGGCAAAGUUAAAGUCCUUCAAAGCAAAACUCGUUCGCAGUAGUUUGCAAAUAAUCUCGCUCUAAGGAAAGUUUGGUACAAGCAGUGUGCGGUGAGCGUACCGAACGAACCCUAAAAAAGACAAUAUGAUCAAUC